AUGUUUCGUGAUCUUUUUUUGAGUAGGCACAAGUGGGAAAAUAAAGAGGAAACUCCCUUGCCAAAGGAUAUACCAGAGGUUGACGAAGUUGGAGCAACAUCGGCACCAUUACUAUCGGCAUCAUAUUAUAUAGGCGACAGAUGUAAACCAUAUAAUGAUGAUUUUAUGAUGUGUAAAGAAGAAAAGAACGGAGGCACGGUAGAGUGUUUGAAAGAAGGUAGAAGAGUAACCAGAUGCGCGAUAUCAGUAUUGAAAGAUUUGAAUAAAUAUUGUUUUGACGAAUUUAAGUUGCAUUAUGACUGCUUGGAACAGAAUAAUCAAUACUUCAGUCGUUGCCGUGCUAGUGAAGGGGUAUUGAGUAAAUGUGUUUUUGACAACUUGAAGUUGGAGAAACGCAUUCCUGAUGUUGAUGAGCAAAUACACCAUAAAAAGAAUCCAGUAUACAAAGCUGACCCUAAGGACGUUAGAUUGACCAAAGAGUAUUUAAAAAAGUCUGAACAGAAUAUAAAUUAG